AAAUUUUUAUAAAAUGGUGGUUUAUUUUAUUUUUCCUUCCACACAUAAGCUACAUCUCACUAUAAAUUGUAUUUAAUAAUUCUUAUGUUUAUAUAUCUUAUUGAGGUUAAAAUAACGAGGUGUUUGGACUGAUAUAUGGAAGGUGGAGAAGAAAAUCAAGAUGAGAAAAUUCCUCGAGAUUGUACAUUUUGUAGAGUGACAGGAACUUGUUUCCUCUCAGGAUUAUCAGUAUAUUCAUUUAUAUGUGCAAAAAAGGCACAACCUAAAUCUUUCCAUAAAGCUUUUUGUGUAUUAUUCGGUACAUCUUCCCUAAUUCUAGGUGUUUGUAGAGCAUUUAACAUGGGAUUCUUUAAGUGA